AUGCGUCGCACAUUACGGCAAUUUGCAGCUGUUAAGCCUGCCAGAUAUCUCGAGGCCAACACACCUACUGGUCUCACUGGCCUCCAUACUCAUCCUUCGCCCCGCUCCGCUCUACUCUACCUCUACGCCUCUACCCUCGACAAAUUGAAAGAAUUCCCCUCCACAUCUCUGUACCGCCAAUCCACCGAGGCCCUUACAAACCACCGUCUAAAAAUCGUACAAUCUGUUGUGCCAGCUGGAUACGAUGAAUGGGCAGCGAAGGCGAAAGAAACUCUUGCUGCGCAUCCAGAAGUUUUCACUACCCCAGAGGGUGGCAUACACUUUGAUCAAGGGAAAAAUAAGAAACUGAAUGCCGGAGGCAAGGUCUUCGUACAGUCGGAAAUUGAAAAGGAGGUUGAUUGGAGUAAGGAGGAGUGGGACGGAGAGGAAGGGAGUGCAGAGUUGGAGGGUGUGAGGACGACACAGGAAAGAAAGGGACAAAGUGUUUUGGCUAAAGAGAGACCUGGUGAGGAUGAAAAACAGGUCGUCUGGGAGAAUGAGCCUGCGUUGAAUGUCGAUCAAAUCGAGGAAAUCGAGAAUAAGAUUGGCGCUGGAUUGAUCGAGGAGGUCAUUCAGGUCGCCGAGGGCGAAUUAACCCUCACUAAUGUCUUAUUGAAGGCCAAAGUAUGGGAGGAUCUCGAGGAGAAGCCUGUCGAGGGGCAAUGGACAUAUUUCAUGCGCGAUAGUGGUACCCCAACUACCCAACAACCACCUCAAAAGUAA